UCUUUAUCGUGAUUUUCUGCUUGAUGCCGCGAUGGUGAAUUAUCCCAUGGGCUGCAUGCAUGGGCCAAAUUACUCGCGUUACAGAUUCUUUUGGAAAUAAUAAUGAUAGAGGUACGUUGCAAUUUUUUUAACGCAGUCAUGACAAAUUUAGACAUUCUUUAUUUCUAAUUUUACUGAAUUUUGUUGUUUUUGUAAAGGAACAAUAUAAAUAAGCCCGAAAUGCUCUUGAGUCUUGACACCAUAAUUUUGGCCAGGAUUUUUUGUUAUCUCUAGUGAAAUGACUAUCCAUGAUCAUCAUCAGAUGAAUAAUUAAACAGAAGACAUGUGCAUGCAACACACGCGUUUUCCAGCGCAUAAAUCUGACUGUUCCCUAUCGAGAUAGUAGUUCGACACUGACCAAAACGGGGAGUUUGUUUCACUAAUCACGGCGCGGUUUUAGAGGCCCCACACCACGCACGCAGCAGCUAGGUGCUAAUCUAACGUAGUUUUUUUUUUUUUGACGCAAAUCUAACGUAGUUUUUUAGCGAAGCGAACUGCUGGAUUCCACGGUGUUCGUCUCGCCACCUUCCAUUUCUGUUUGAUGAUUUAAUCCUCUGCCCAGUUCUUCACUGACGAACGAACAAGCUCGCCGCCAUUGCCAAACCACCUUCUUCUUCUUCUUCUUCGCCUCCUCAUCAUCCACGAUCAGGUCCAUUUGGGAGAUCAAUGCGAAAUUGUGCAGUUGCUGCGUCGUUCUGGGGCGGAAUUGAUUGUGUUCUUCAGUCUAUCUAAUCCCUAUUAAUCGAUCGUUGAGGGUUUGAGAUCGGAUUUGGCGAUGGCGAUUACGAAGGUUCUCGGAUCGAAACCUGCCGACUGCUUCCAAUUUCAAGAUCCUAAUUCCUGGACUUGCAUGACUGAGCUUGUAAGCGAUGUGGUCGUUGAGGUUGGAGAUUUCUCCUUCCAUCUCCACAAGUUCCCAUUGAUGAGCCGAAGUGGCACGCUGCAAAAGCUGAUAAGCGAAGCAGCCGCCGGCGCCGACGACGGCGAGCCGUGCAGCGUCAAGCUCCACGACGUCCCCGGCGGCGCCGCGGCGUUCGAGCUGGCGGCCAGGUUCUGCUACGACGUCAGGGCGGAGCUCGACGCCGGGAACGUGGUCGCGCUGCGGUGCGCGGCGGAGCACCUCGGCAUGACCGAGGACCACGGCGGCGAGGGCAACCUCGUCGAGCAGGCGGAGGCGUUCCUCCGCGACGUGCUCGGCAGCUGGGACGACGCCUUGCGCGCGCUGCGGUCGUGCGACGGCGCGCUCCUCCCGCUCGCCGAGGAGCUCCUCGUCGUGCCGCGCUGCAUCGACGCGCUGGCGAGCAAGGCCUGCGCCGACCCGACCCUCUUCGGCUGGCCGAUGGUGGAGUACUACACGGCGAGGGGCCUCGAGGAGACGGUGAUGUGGAACGGCAUCGCCACCGCCGGCAAGCCGAGGUCGCCGGGCCCGGACUGGUGGUACAAGCAGGCGUCGUCGCUGAAGCUGCCGGUGUACAAGAGGCUCAUCACGGCGAUGAGGUCCAAGGGCAUGAGCCCCGAGAACAUCGCCGGCUCGCUGACGCACUACGCCAAGCGCCACCUCUCCGGUCUGACCCGCCACUCCGGUUACGUCGGCGGCGGCGGCGCGUCGGGGACCGUGCUCUCGGACGUGGAGCAGAGGGCGCUCCUGGAGGAGAUCGUCGCGCUGCUCCCCGUCGAGAGGGGCGUCGCCACGACGAGGUUCCUGCUCGGGCUCCUCCGCACCGCCACGAUCCUGAACGCCGGCGCGGCGUGCCGCGACGCGCUGGAGAGGAUGGCCGGGAACCAGCUCGAGGAGGCGGCGCUGGAGGACCUCCUGAUCCCCAACACCGGCUACGCCGUCGAGACGCUCUACGACGUCGACUGCGUGCAGCGGAUGCUGGAGCAGUUCGUCGCCGCGAACACGUCGGCGUUCGCCGCCUCGCCGGAGAUCACGGACGAAGCCCAGCUGGUCGACGGCCCCUCCGGUGAGCUCAUGCCGAUCAGCACGGUGGCCAAGCUUGUCGACGGCUACCUCGCGGAGGUCGCGACGGACACCAACGUCAAGCUCUCCAAGUUCCAGAGCAUCGCCGAGCUCGUCCCGGACUACGCAAGGGCCAUCGACGACGGCAUCUACCGCGCCAUUGACAUCUACCUCAAGGCGCACUCGUGGCUGACGGCGUCGGAGAGGGAGCAGCUGUGCAGGCUGAUGAACUGCCAGAAGCUGUCGCUGGAGGCGUGCACGCACGCGGCGCAGAACGAGCGGCUGCCGCUGCGGGUGGUGGUGCAGGUGCUCUUCUUCGAGCAGCUCCGGCUGCGCACCACGGUGGCCGGGUGGUUCUUCGUCGCCGACAACGUCGACCAGGGCUCCCCCAUCGCCGCCGGCCGGUACGCGCCGGAGAGGAGCGGCGAGCUGGACUUCGGGGCGGGGCCGCCGGAGGAGGAGGAUGGCGACGACGACGACGACGAGGCCCGGAACAACGUGCGGUCGUCGUCGUCGGCGACGAUGAGCGUGGACGACAUCAGGCAGCGGGUGGUGGAGCUCGAGGAGGAGUGCUCGAGCAUGAGGGAGGAGAUCCACCGGAUCGGGAAGCCCAAGGGCGCGCUGAGUAGGCUGUUCCGGAAGCUCGGGCUCGGCGGGAGGUCGGCGGCGAGGCGGCAGCAGCAGCAGCCGCCGCCGCCGCCGACGAGCUCCGGCGACGAGAGGCGGAAGUCGAUGUCCUUGGAGUGUUAAGGUCUACGUGUGCGUUUCAGUUCGGUGUGUUUGUGUUACUGUUAGUUUGGUUAAAUUAUCAUUUGUUCGAACUCUAGAAUAGAUUUUUCCCCCUUUUGGAACAGGAAGUUAUUAGAACGUACAUGGAGUAUAUCUAUUGUCAAAAUUCAGUUAUUACUUUAGAAUUUAGAUGCAAUCAUGCAAAUAUUUGGUGAGGGUGCUUGUCUAGAGAACGUGCUGCAUUGAAUACAAUACAAGUGCCUUAAGGUUCAA